UCUUCUCACUUCUCAAUGUUUCAAAUCUCCAGGUCGUUCUGUUCGACUAAGAGAACCCCAAUAAUCAAAUGCCCUAACUCGAGGCGCAGCUACGUCGAGCAGCAUUCGUACAAGUACAUAAUUUUCGAAAAAAAAAAAAAUACUGGCCUGAUUACAUUAAACCGCCCAAAAGAAUUGAACGUUUUGAAUCAGGAUUUGGUGAAAGAACUUCAUCAAGCGCUGAACCAUUGUCAAGACGCGCCAGACAUCGGCGCAAUCGUUAUCACCGGAUCGAAAAAGGCAUUUUCGGCAGGUGCGGACAUAAAGUCAAUGUCGUUGUCUGCAACACCUUUGGAAGCGCACUCGUUUUACCACUUUCAGAAGUGGGAGGAAAUUUGUAAGAUUCGAAAGCCCAUCAUAGCUGCAAUAAAUGGCUUUGCUCUUGGCGGUGGCUUCGAACUUGCCAUGUGCUGUGACAUACUGUUGGCAGGAAACAAUGCAAAAUUCGGUCAGCCAGAAGUCAAGCUUGGCACAAUUCCUGGGCUAGGUGGAACACAACGUCUCGCUCGAGCUCUGGGGAAAAGCAAAACUAUGGAAAUGUGUAUGACCGGAGAGUUGAUCGAUGCUGCUACUGCAGAGAAGUACGGGUUGGUGAGUCGAAUUGUUGCAGAAGACGAGUUACUUGGCGAAGCGCUUGCAUUGGGUGAGAAAAUUGCGUCCUUUUCUCAACCAAUCGUUGCUAUGGCUAAAGAGUGCGUCAAUCGGGCCUAUGAGACGUCCUUGUCAGAGGGCCUGUUGUUCGAGAGGCGCCAAUUUCUUAGCACGUUUUCUACCCAAGAUCGAAAAGAAGGCAUGGAUGCAUUUUUGAGCAAAAGAGAACCUGUUUGGAGCAACAAAUAAGUACACAUGUACAAAUGUGACUCUGAUACUAUAUAAAAUCUGUCCCUUCCUGAUUUUAGAACUCUCUCAGCAAACAUAAGGGGUCUAUUUGCAUGUUUGAUCGAUAUCCAGAGCACACCCGCGUGAACGUAUGCCAUUUCUUUACAGAUGGCCCUUGGAACGUAAAAUUACAAAAUUGUGUUGGCACGGGUAAAUGACGUAAAUUCCGCCAAAAAUUGUCACUUCGUUUUUCUGAAUGCGCCUGAGGGAAAAAGAAGCUUCAACAGUGCACAGAUUCAAAACAAUAUAGUAAAUGUAAACCUUAACCAAGCA